GGGUUCCGGGUUUCCGGCCCCGGCUGGUUUCUGGGGCCGAGCGCUGCGGCCUUGGGGUGUCGUCCCGGUCCCCCUCGGCCCCGGCCCGGCCCCGGUCCCCCCCAUGGAGUCCCAGUGUGACUACUCGAUGUACUUCCCCGCCGUGCCGCUGCCGCCGCGAGCGGAGCUGGCGGGGGACCCGGGCCGGUACCGGGCACUGCCCCGGCGUAACCAUCUGUAUUUGGGGGAGACUGUCCGCUUCCUGCUAGUGCUGCGCUGCCGGGGCGGCGCGGGGCCCGGCACCGGGAGCGGCCCGGGCCUGGGCUCCCGGGGGGCCUGGGCGGAGCUGGCGACCGCCUUGGCAGCGCUGGCCUCGGUCAGCGCCGGAGGCGUGCUGCCGGGAGGAGCGGGCACCGGAGACCGGGACCCCGAGCCCCCCGGGGGAGGGGACCCAGGGGGCGGGGGCCUGUUCCGAGGCUGCAGCCCCCUCCUCACCCAUGGCCCGGGCCCUGCUACCUCAGGAGGAGCGACCACGCUGCCUGUGGAGGAACCGAUCGUGUCCACAGAUGAGGUCAUCUUCCCACUUACAGUUUCACUGGAUAGACUGCCCCCAGGGACACCCAAGGCCAAGAUUGUAGUGACUGUGUGGAAGCGGGAAGUCGAAGCACCAGAGGUCAGAGACCAAGGCUACCUGCGCUUGCUGCAGACACGAUCUCCUGGGGAGACCUUCCGUGGCGAACAGAGUACAUUCAAGGCCCAAGUGAGCACCCUGCUGACGCUGCUGCCCCCACCAGUUCUGAAAUGCCGGCAGUUCACUGUGGCUGGCAAACACUUGACUGUGCUCAAGGUGCUGAACAGCUCCUCCCAGGAGGAGAUCUCCAUCUGGGAUAUCCGAGUUCUCCCCAACUUCAAUGCCAAUUAUCUACCUGUCAUGCCUGAUGGCUCUGUGCUGCUGGUGGACAAUGUCUGUCACCAGUCUGGAGAAGUCUCCAUGGGCUCCUUCUGCCGGCUCCCUGGUACCUCUGGCUGCUUCCCCUGCCCACUUAACGCCCUGGAGGAACACAACUUCCUGUUUCAGCUGAGAGGGGGUGAGCAACCCCCUCCAGGGGCCAAGGAGGGCCUCGAAGUUCCUUUGAUUGCUGUGGUCCAGUGGUCCACCCCAAAGCUGCCCUUCACCCAGAGCAUCUACACCCACUACCGCCUGCCCAGCGUUCGCCUCGACCGCCCCUGCUUUGUGAUGACCGCUUCUUGUGAGUCCCCUGUUCGGACCUAUGAGCGUUUCACUGUCACCUACACACUGCUCAACAAUCUCCAAGACUUCCUUGCUGUGAGGCUUGUGUGGACCCCGGAACAUGCACAGGCUGGGAAGCAGCUGUGUGAGGAGGAGCGCCGGGCCAUGCAGGCAGCCCUGGACUCCAUAGUUUGUCACACACCCCUCAACAACCUUGGCUUCUCCAGGAAGGGCAGUGCCCUCACCUUCAGUGUGGCUUUCCAGGCCCUGAGGACGGGGCUCUUUGAGCUGAGCCAACACAUGAAACUGAAGCUGCAGUUCACCGCCAGUGUGUCCCACCCUCCACCCGAGGCUCGGCCCCUCUCCCGCAAGAGCAGCCCCAGCAGCCCUGCCGUGCGGGACUUGGUGGAGAGGCACCAGGCCAGCUUAGGCCGCUCUCAGUCCUUUUCCCACCAGCAGCCUUCCCGCAGCCACCUCAUGAGGUCAGGCAGCGUGAUGGAGCGCAGGGCCAUUACACCCCCUGUGGCUUCUCCAGUCGGCCGACCUCUCUACCUGCCCCCGGACAAGGCUGUGCUGUCUCUGGACAAGAUUGCCAAGCGCGAAUGCAAGGUUCUGGUGGUGGAGCCUGUCAAGUAGCCUGGCUCCCUGCACACUUGCUCCAGAACCCCAAAGCCCCCGGAGGGCUCCUCACUUCCCAGGCCGUGCUGCCUGCUAUGGGAGAAAGCCUGUCUGUGUCUGCUGAUGAGGGAUGGGGCAGAAGCUGUGAAGUGGGUGGACCGGCUGCAGUGCGAGGCCAGCAGUGUUUCCCUAAGGUCCUGUGGGGGGGCUGGCCCCACCCCAGGCAGGGCAGGGCUGGGCUCUAAGAACACCCUUGCCCCUGCCCUUCACCCCUCUUCUAAGUUUACAGAGUAUUUUCCUCAUUCCCAUUUCAUUCUUCCCACCUCUGACAUUCCCUCACCCACCCACAGGGCUGAGAUUAGAGGGUGGUGAUGGCAAAGGGACCCCGACAAUAACCUCCUGCCUCAGGGGUCAGGGACAUAGCCAGGUGGCCUCCUUCUGCCCUCACGUUUACGUUGGCAGCCUGAAGCACUUUAAGUUGUCUUUUUU